GAGACAAACUUCUCCCUUUUCUUUUUUGUCAGUCUUUCUUUGUAACACCUAAAAAUGCCUCUAAUAUAACAACAUCCAUGAACUGCAGCUGGUGGAAACCAUGGAAACCUGCAUUCGUCGCACAUUAGUGACGUAGUUAAGGAAGCACGCUGGUACCAGCAGCACAUGAGGAUAUCAACACACAUUUGUUGCUCUGUGAAAACGGUAUCAUGGGAAAGAAUAAACAAAAAGGGAAAAAACAGAAGAAUGUCUUUCAAGUUGCAAACAAGCACUUGAAAGUAAAGAACAAAGCCAAACCCGUCACAACAACACUCAAACACAUCAAUGCGGUGAAAAAUGAAAAAGUGGAGAACCUCAAUCAGAUCUUCACAGAAGUCCAGAGGGAUGUUACAAGUGUUUCCAAGUCUGUUGCUCCAGAACCAAAGAAAAAAACACAGAUCGUCAGAGAGCCACCAAAGGAACCUGUAAAUAUUGACAAUGCUGCUCAACUCUUCUCACAGCUGUAAUGGACUUUGAAAAUGAGGCUGUGGUUAACUCUGGGUACAAACAGUGACCUGCUGUUGCACUGUAUUUCUCUGUGUUGGAUGUAUGAAAUGAAGGAAACUUCCAAUUCUUUCUGACAUUUCAUGCAAAUAUGAGGGCUGGGGAUGAGUUGGAAAUCAAAGAGGCUACUCUUAUAACAGUCGGACCUUGUUUGUGAUUGGAACAUUGUGUUUCAAGCAGCUGCCGAUUGUUAGAUGGAUUUUAGGAACAUCAGAUAUUUUAUGCAGAAUUGUCUCCGCUUUAUAACUAAUUGUUAUGUUUUCUUUAUCAAUAUAUGUAAUGUAUAUGUUGAUUAUUUUCUCCAUGAAUGAAGUAGAUUAUAUAACAUCAGAAAUACUACAAAAUGAACAAUACCGUUUUAAAAAACCCAAGGUGACAUUUUUUCUUUUUUUUUUCUUUAUAAUGAAUCCGUAUCAGUCUAACCUUUUAUUUUAUAGAGGAGAAGACAGUUGGUAGCAUAGGAAACUGGGAGAGGGUGGGGGAGUGACAUGCGGGAACGAUGCCGCAGGCUGGAGUCGAACCAGGGCCACCCCCGCAAGUCCGCGCCCACUAACGUGACAUCUUAAGUCUUCUUAAUUUAGUCUGGCUGUCCGUCACAACCUACAAAAUAUUCUGUUUACUGUCACAUGUGACAAAUCAUCAGAAAAAAAUUCACGAGAGCAAGUACAAGUACAAAUGUUAUGCAUGUCUUCUUAAAAAAUGAACUGCUGUAACAAUAAUUAGUUGUGUAAGAAUAAAAAACAAUCUCAUCUUGCCAUCUUUUAACAGUGGAAUGUAUCACUCGAUCUGAAUAUUUGAUUUGAAAAUUGAUAGAAAAGGGAAUUUUUUCGGAAUCUCUAAAUCAUUUCAUCUGCUAUUAUUCCCAGUCAGCAACCUCUGGCCAUGUGAAUUGAAGCCAAUGUGGAAGUGUUAAAAACUGCAGUUCCUCGAGUGUCCACUUGAAGCUGGAAGUACCAGAAACCACAUACACACCCAUUCAAAAAAGACGAUCUUUACAGCAGAAAUAAACAUGGUUACAGACAGGUAUAAAAAACGCGUGUAGUCUGGAUAGCUCAUUUCUCGAACGGCACAAACUUUCCAGAUGUGAAUUUAAUCAUAAGGCAGUUUUGAAGAUAUUAAGAUUACAAGUUUUCCAUUAUGAGAGUCACAGCUGACUUGAUUGACAGGCGGGAACACUGUAGCACUUGGCGAGGAGGCUCAAAGCCCGCCUCUUUACCUCACACUAGCUCAACAGAAGUUAGGUUGAGUCAGUAUUUCUAAUACGGCUCCCGCCGACUAUUUGCUUCAUACAACGCUUCAGAAACAGAUGGGUGAUGUCACGGAUACUACGUCCAUUUAUUACACAGUCUAUGGUGCAGACAUUAUAAUUUACUUGAUUAUCAAUUCAAGUCAAAGCAGCUGCUUUUCAAUAUAAUUGAAAGGCAUCAAUAUUAAUCUCAAUCUGUUGCACAGCCAGUAAACCCCUCACAUGGGCUUUAGCAUAAAAACUGCAUAUUGAAAGUGUUACCAUCUUCACUGAGCAGUGUACUUGAGGGCGCCUUGCUCUUCGUAUUGUAAUCAAAGGCAACUCAAAGGAAUCUGAAGAGAAUAUUUUCCGACAAACGACAAUGAUGUUUUGUACGUCUGUUCAAGCUUCCCCCUCUUUGUUCUCAUGCUUUCAUGCCUCUGAUUUACUGUAAACAAACUCACAAAGGAGAUCAUUGCAACCACUGUGUGAAGUGAUGAAAGUAUUUCCUUCAAAGAUUUUUUGGUUCUUUUGUAAAUUAUUAAAAUUUCACGUUGAAGUCAUCACAAAAGUAUCAAAGGAUUUAAAUGAAGAACUCUCAGGUGUGCAGAAUCUUACAAUGUAAUGCAAUAAAUUCCUCCUGCAAAUGGCA